AUGAAGCAGUCAUUAGCAAGAAAAGUCGUCAGUUCUUUCACUCGAAAGAAAUCCUCCCGCACAGCUGCCGAGGUGUCUGCAGAGUCCUCCGCUUCGGUAGCAGAGGUCUCCCAGUCGAACCAUUCCGCUGCGUCGCGCAAUCUACGGGAACUAUCCGUCCGAUUGGAUAAAUAUCUCGAGCAGAUCGACUUGAGCGGUGGAGAGGUAGAUGUAGAUGUUAUCUCCAUGAGCCGGCAGAUCGAGAAAAUCGGCCAUUACGUCAAUGGCUCGCUGCCUGCUUCUGUAAAGCCAGUUCCUAUAACCGAUGGCCGAGCCAGUCUGAUCAAGAUAGCAGCUUGGGCUUCAAAGGAGGUUUAUUCUUCCGACAAGGCUGUGAUGGGCAGGAUUUCGCGUCCAGAGCAGUUCUCUGACUACCAGCCAACGGAACACAGUGCAGAAAUUGACGCUUCGUUCAGAGAUGGAACUGUGAAGGCAACGCGGGUGCACUUAUUCUCUUCGGGUGUGACAAAGCCCUCAAGACUUCUAGUGGUUGCGAUACGAGGAUCGACGUCCAUAAGACGAGACUGGACGAUCAACUUUGACGAUAUUGGGAAGGAGACGGACGGGAACGGCUUCAUUAACGUCGAUGAGAUCGAGUAUAAAAUCCACGGUGGUUUUUUAGAAUGUGCCAAAGCUAUGGUAGAGAAAGUGUCAGAUGCCAUAUCUUCCGUUCUCUCGGCAGCUGGAGUGAACGACGACGAGGACGUGCAGCUACUAUUCACAGGCCAUUCCGCUGGCGGAGCUGUGGCUUCCUUGCUGUACGCGCACAUGGGAUCCAAGAAUCCAUCGGCAUUGAGCCAACUUUGGUCAAAGUUUGCUCUUACACACUGUAUCACUUUUGGAUCCCCACCAGUGGCAACACCUGCUCUCAUCGCUUCCCACCCCCAGUCGGUCUUCCAUGCAAUCAUUAAUGAAGGAGACCCUGUGCCUCGCUUGGAUAAGGACUAUGCCGAGUCUCUGCUGCAGCUGUACAUCUUGCCUAUGCCACCAAAGCCUAUCAACUGGACGUUGCCCCCUAUGCUGCUGGAAAAUGCUGGCACGGUCCUCCUACUCAAGAAUGGCGUCGAGGGCUUUUGUGAAGUAUCAGACGAUGAGGAUCAGAAACAGAUCAAGAGUGUGCUGGAGUCGACAAUCUUCGGGAGUCCAAGAGCGCAUCGGAUGGACACGUAUCUGUGGAAGCUGGGGAUGUUGCACGACCCUGAAGCGUCUCGGCGAUUGUGGAAGCAGCAGCAAGAAGAACUCGAGAUUGUCUAUAAAAGCAAAAUGAAGUACCUCACCAUCGUCGCUGCAUCCCUUGCAGCCAUCAUUCCUGCCGUCAGCGCCUACCCCAUCACCGGCGACGGCGUCAACUGCCGCUCCGGUCCCGGCACCUCCCACUCGGUCGUCAAGUCCUACAAGAAGGGCGAGGACAUCAAGAUCGUCUGCCAAGCCGAAGGCACCGACAUCAAGGGCGACAGCCUCUGGGACAAGACCGCCGACGGCUGCUACGUCGCCGACUACUACGUCAAGACCGGCACCACUGGCUACGUGACCAGCAAGUGCAGCAGCAGCGGCGGUGGCAGCGGCGGCGGCAGCGGAUCCGGCAGCGGAUCCGGCAGCGGAUCCGGCAAGGCCAUCGUCGACGCCGCCGAGAAGGAGAAGGGGCUCCCCUACGUCUGGGGCGGCGGUGGCUGCCACGGUCCCUCGGGCGGUGGCUUCGACUGCUCCGGCUUGACCCAGUACGCCGUCUGCCAGGCGCUGAAGAAGACCAUUCCUCGCACUGCGCAGACCCAGUACGACUCGAACAUGGGCAAGCGGCUUCCUCGCUCCGAGGCCAAGGAGGGCGAUCUGCUCUUCUGGGCUACGGGCGGUGACUGCAAGAACAAGGUUUCCCACGUCGGUAUCUUCAUCCGCGACGGAUGGAUGAUCAAUGCCGCGCACACCGGCACUCCUGUCAGAGAACAGGCGAUCUGGACCUCUUAUGGUGGAGAGUCUAUCUGCCCCUAUGUCAUGAGAUUCUGGUAA